GAUGCCGAAGGAGGAUGAGGUCCGUUAGAUAGUGUCGUGGGUCUCCUGCAGGACAGACACGCACCCCGCGGACACUCCAGUACCAGAGACACAUGAAAGCCUUUACAGAACUUUGAUUUGUGCGAUGUGGCUUGAUCUGGUGAAGGUUAGUGUGGGUCCAUCUCUUCCGCCGUCCAGUCCUCAGGGUCGGGCUUUGUUCGCGGUGACCUCCAUUUGUAAGGAAUAUUAGGGUUAGAAUCAAAACAGCGAUGGAUCCUUUACAGAAUAACUGCGAGGAAGGGGCGCAGUGUGCCGAAGAAGAGGAAGUGGACCCGAGAAUCCAGGGCGAACUUGAGAAGCUGAACCAGUCGACUGAUGACAUUAACCGCUGCGAAAGCGAGCUGGAGGAUUUUCGUCAGCGCUUCCGCGCAGUUCUGGUGGAAGCCACUGUGAAGCUUGACGAGCAGGUGAAGAAGAUUGGUCGAGCGGUGGAUGACUCCAAACCAUAUUGGGAAUCACGCAAAGUGGCAAGACAGGCUCAGCUUGAAGCCCAGAGAGCCACACAGGAGUUCCAGCGGGCAGUUGAGAUCCUACAGGCAGCCAAGGAGACGAUAGCUCUGGCUGAGGAAAGGCUGCUGGAGGAGGACAGUCGGCAGUUUGACUCUGCGUGGCAGGAAAUGCUCAACCAUGCCACACAGAGGGUGAUGGAGGCGGAACAGGCGAGGACACGGAGUGAGACAGAACACAAAAAAACAGCAGCCAACUACAACUCCUGCAUCAGCCACAUGAAGCAGCUAGAGAAGAAGCUCAAACGCUCCAUCAACAAAUCCAGGCCGUAUUUUGAACUGAAAGCAAAGUAUUAUUUGCAGCUGGAGCAACUGAAGCGGCAUGUGGAUGAGCGCCAGGCUAAGCUUGUGGCAGCGAAGGCUGAAUAUCGAACAGCUCUGCGAAACCUGGAGAGCAUCUCUGAGGAGAUUCAUGCACAGCGACGAUCUGUUGCCAUGGGGACCAGAGAGCAGGGUGUUGGCGCUGAGGGUGAUGAGGGCAAUGAGGACAUCACAAACUUCAAGAUGGAGUCUGAUGGCUUAUCAAUGGUGUCAGUGUUGACGGACGAGGAGGGCAUCCAUAGUAGCGGCUCCGAGGAGGAUGCUGACUCCCGCCUCCCCUCCUCACCUUCAUCAUCCACGUCGCAUCCUUCUACAUCUGCCUCCACGCCCCUGGACAUGCCCUGUGUUUAUCCCUCCUCCUGUUCCUUCAUCUUCUCCUCCCCUUCCUCUUCGUCCUCACUCUCAUCCUCUUGUCCCAGUGCUCUGGAGUCAGAGAGUGCCUGUGACUCUAAUGACCCAGAUUCUGUGAGUGGUUCUGGACAUGCCUCACCUCUCUUAGGCCCUCGCAGCCAGUGCAGCGGAGCCUCCUCUCCAGACUGUGACCAGGAGAGAGGUGAUCGAGCGGAGGGUGCCGAGGCAGCACUUCAAGCAAGUCUGAACAAACUGAGCUUGACCGCACAAACACAAGAAAAUGUGGACGAGGACCACAAUCUUGAUUUCACAAGCCCUGAACUCUCAUCCCCCAAGUUAUCCUCGACCAUAUUGUUGGUCAACAGUAUUUAGUCAUUCAAACUCAACCAUGAGAGUCAAGUUAUGGUGGACAUUGGAACCAGCGUCUCAAACCUACAACUUCCCUGAUGUGUUGCCUGUUAUCUUUGUGAGUUCAGUCUUCACUGUUCCAUUCAUGAUGUCAUUUUCACUUUGAACUAGACAACAAAUGUAGGGGAAGACUGAUGCUAUGCUUGCUGCUUUUUCCCAACAAAGACAGACUACAGAACCACUGUGGUCUUUUCUGAAAGCUUUAUUUCUUUUAUGUGCCAUAUAAUCUCCUGAUAAAUUGUGUUGCGGAAAAAAAACCACAUCAGGACUUCAUAACAUAAGGAGGAUUUGUUCUGUUGAAUAGUGUGCUUUAAUAAUCUUUAUUCUGUUUGGAUGUUUGGUCACUACUAAAACACAUCUCCUUAGACUGUUCCGAAUGAAAGGAGUCCCCUUUGUGUCAUGAUGGUGAUGACCGUCAAUUUCUCAAGAUGCUACUUGUAUCAAUAUGUCAAAUGUUUGAUUGAAAUCACACAAGAUGCAGACAAAAUUGAAACUAUUGCAAUAAAAAAAGAUGACAGAUUAACAGCUGCUCAUCUUCUCAUGGUGUAGCUUUGUAAAGACAAAUGGUGCUUCAUAUGUUAUAUGGAACGCUACAAUAUUUACUCUUUGAGAUGUAGUGUGCUUCAUUUCACUGAGGUUAUUUGACAUACUUCAUGUUGAUUGUAACUGCCUCUGUUAGUGAGAUUGAAUUUCUUCCUGCCUUCAUGGCAGCCAGAAGUCUGACUUUCGAGUGUUGUGCAUCCAUCUCAGUCUAACAUUCUGGCGUCCAUCCUGUCUAAAAGGGAAGCAGAAGAAGAUCAUUAUUUGAGUUCCUGAUGAAUGAACUUAACAGUGGUCCAAGCCCAGUGGUGUGUGAACCAUGAUUUAAAUGAGUUGCUACAUGUGGAGUGGUUCGGCGUCUUUUUCAGCAAACACAUUAAGACAUAGUGGACCUGGUGUGUAGCAAGUGAGAUUAACAUGUAUAAAACUUGUUAAGCUUUGAUUGAAUUACUAUUCAUGAUGUCUUCCAAUGGGAUUUGUAAAAGUCUUAAACGUCAGUGGUUUAUUUGUGUGUGUGGGCGGUUUAACUAGUGUCGUGUGUGUUUUUAAGAAUGGACCCUGUAGUAAAGAUGUUUAUAUUUAUACUCCCAUAUUCUUGUACAUGAAUAAUAUUUUCUGGUGAUUGUUGUUGAUGUUCAACACAAAAUCGACAUAAACACGUGCUUCACAUUGUAAAUUUAGGGGGAGAGAGAGAAGCUGCAGGUGUUGGCCUCUGAGCUACAUCAAGUUUAUGUUAUUGUAGAUAUAACCUUGAAUAAACAUUUGCAUAAA